UUGGGAUUUCAAAGGUUUUAACUCACUAACUUAAAGAAAUAGCAGUGAACAGGGAGUGACAAUUUCCCCAGGAGAGGAUUAAGUCACGAGCUGUAAUUGGGACAGUGCGGAGUCAAAUAAUCUUAUCAGAGAUCUCCAGGUAUUUAUGAGAGGUUGUCAAAACUUCCUUUUACAUGUGCGAGUGAAGUAGGGAGCAGAAGAAGCAGGUUCUGGUGGAAAAAGUGGUCCUUGGAGAAGCCGCACGAUGCAGCCAGAGAAGCAAUGGAGGAAGAAAAGCUUCAAGCAGAGACUGGCGUUGAAGAGCAGUUUGGCUAAAGAAACACUCUCCGAGUUCUUGGGCACGUGUAUAAUGAUCGUCCUCGGAUGUGGCUGUGUUGCCCAAGCCAUCCUCAGUCGAGGACGUUUUGGAGGAAUCGUCACUGUUAAUGUUGGAUUUGCAAUGGCGGUCACCAUGGCCAUUUAUGUGACUGGGGGUGUCUCCGGUGGCCACAUCAACCCUGCUGUGUCUUUUGCAAUGUGUCUCUUUGGACGGAUGAAAUGGUUCAAAUUUCCUUUUUAUGUGGGAGCCCAGUUCCUGGGAGCCUUCGUAGGGUCUGCAAUCCUCUUUGGUAUUUACUAUGAUGGAAUUAUGUCCUUUGCUGGUGGAAAACUGCUCAUUGUGGGAGAAAAUGCAACAGCACCCAUUUUUGCAACGUACCCAGCUCCGUAUCUGUCUUUGGCAAAUGCAUUUGCAGACCAAGUAAUGUCCACCAUGUUCCUCCUCCUGGUUGUCUUUGCCCUCUUUGACUCCAAAAACUGGGGAGUCCCCAAAGGCCUAGAGCCCGUUGCCAUCGGCCUCCUGAUUAUUGUCCUUUCUUCCUCUAUGGGAUUGAACUGUGGCUGUGCCAUGAAUCCAGCUCGAGACCUGAGUCCCAGGCUUUUCACUGCUUUGGCAGGAUGGGGGUUUGAUGUCUUCAGAGUUGGAAAUAACUUCUGGUGGAUUCCUGUUGUGGCCCCUAUGGUUGGUGCUGCCAUUGGAGGCCUGGUCUAUAUUCUUCUCAUUGAAAUCCACCACCCAAGCCCGAACCCAGACUUCGAGGCAGAAGCACCGGAGGACAAACUAGAGAAACACGAACUUAGUGUGGUGAUGUAGCGGCGUGCUCAGUCCCUGGUUUACAACUGGCUGAGCUGAUGUUCUCUUCGGAAAAGAUGGCAUCCAGUGGCCUAUGUUUUCAUAAGACUGGGAGGACCUGCCCAUUGUUCUGUGCUAGCCAAUUGGGACACCUGAUUGGAAAAGCAUCUGAGUGAAGUUUUGAAAACACUGACCUCUUCUCUACCAGUUCCCCCUGCCCUCAGACAAGUAUGGAUUGUCUCCUGAAACAGCCUUCUUUCCACCCUGUUUAUUUCAUUCUUUCCCGUGAAUUUUUAUUGCUGAGCGAGUACUAAUAACUUGAAACUUUGACCUUGGACUUAUUUGGAUGGUCUCAAUUGCAUUAUCUGUAUGAAGCAGCAUCACCAAAAACCUUAUUUUCAAACCCAUAAAGAUUACAUUCUGAAUAUCAAUAUCAACCAAAACUCAACUGAAAAACAAAACAGUGGUUUUAGUUAACAUAUCCAUGAAUUAGGGAACUAAAGGGUUAAUGUUCUAGUUUUGCCGUGCCACUAUUAUUUGUAAGUAUUAAUAGUCUCCAAACCCAGGUAUGUAGGAAGCAGUAGAAUGCAGCUGGAAAGCAUAGGAGAAGGACAUUGUGGCAUUCAGAAACCUCAGGAGACAAGAUAAAUUUGGGAAACCAAAUGGAAUUAUUUUAAUGGAAACCAUUUAUCAGAUUAAUCUCUAGCUCUUUGCAUUUUUAGAGGGCACCAAUUAAUUUCCUGGUCUUUAGUAUGUAAUAACCUAAAACACAAUCAUAACCUCAGACAUGAAAAAUACAUCACUCUUUAUUUUUAGCUCAAAUGUAUCUUCCUAAUUGCCCAUGUAAGGACAAACAUUUGACAAGUUAAGUCAAUGACUGCACUCGUCCACUCUGCUAUGCAUGCCCUAGAAGCCAAAAUGGAAAGCCAUUGGCUCGGGGUCUAAUAUAAUCUUCAGGAUGGAAGGUCCCUGGAAAUAGCAUACCUAUUAUGCUUUAGAUUAUACAAAGCACUUUCACACACAUGACCUAAUUUAAUUCUCAUAGGGACGGUCUGAGGUAACUGCCCUGCUGCCCCUUUUCAGAUAUGGAAACAAAAUCUCAGGGAAGCCGAGUGAGUGGUCUGGGUCAGGUGGAAAAUCAAAACAUCCCAUGAAUCCUGCAGCUGCCAGAAUAUGUACACCUCCUGGACCUAAUUCUCCUGGAUCCUAAGAUAAAAGGCCUGUGUUGUCUGGUUUUAUUUGCUCUGCUCUGAAGGUUUCAAAGGAAAGAGGGAGCGAUUUGAUCGUAUUCGUCAUCUGCUGAAAAGCGUCAUCAGAAGGCCUUUCCUAGGCCACCAUUGGUAUUGCUCAGUCUUGAUCUCCCCUCCCUGCCAAUCCCAAAUCUUACAUUCAGGAAAUUUCCUCUUCCCUUUAAACUCCUCUAAUUGAUGCCCUUUGGUCAAAAGAGUCUCUGUCAGUUUCAAAUACCAGAGAAAUUGCUCUACAUCAAGUGAUGCACCUUCAGUCAAACUUAAAAGCCCAGAAUUCUCAGGGGGAUCCAGUUUUCCAAUUGCUCUGCGAUAAUAACAGAACAACAGAAAGCUAACGUGAACUGUCUCCGGUGACCCGCAUUCUACAAUCUACUGACAUAUGGAGUUUUUCUUCUUCUCUGAAACUACUUGGGUAUUUCCUACUUGAAAUAAAAUUGUGUUUUUUGUUUA